AUGGCUGUUAAUACUUCACGUUCAGCAGCCACCACUUUGGAUGAUAUCAUCAACGAGUUGAAGCUCAGUUAUGAUUCUUCAGUAGGAUUGUUGGAUGGAGAUAACGUCAGGCAAAUUCCAAGUGUCAAUAAUUUACUUAAUCUCAGUAAAUUAUUGAAUAAUUUAUCAAAAGAUUUGAAAGCAGUAGAAGAAGUCGAUACCAAAGUUUUAUCAAUACUAGGGGAAAAGCUUCUAGCAUCGACAUCCGACACGAAAUCCACAAAAGAGGAUGGUUUAGAUAUCGAAGAAACGAAGAAAGAUAAAUCAAAGAACGGAAAGAGAGAAUUAGAAGAUAUCAAAGAAGAAUCGAAAAAGAAGCAGAAAAUCAAAAGUGAGGUUGACGAUAAAGACAUUGAAAUGGUAGAUCCAGAAAAUGUUCAAGACAUAGAAGAAUUGGAAGCCGAACAGGCCAUUGAAGAGGACAAUGUUCCGGACAACGAACACUCUAAAGUCAAAGAAGAAGACGAGGAUGAGGACGAUGACGAAGAGGAAGAAAAAGAAGAAGGAGCAAAAGAGGAAGACCAAACAGAGGCAGUCACUUCAAGAGAAAGAUUGAACUCCAGCGAUGAUCCUAUACCGCCAAUACAGACCGGACAUUACACACAAGAUAAUGAUACUAGACUCAAAAAUCCUAAAUCAGAAUUUGUUAAACCUCAAACGGUGUCUGCUUCUGCUAUUGCAGAGUUAGGAUUAUUUUCUGAAGAUAAUAAUGGUCUUGAAACCCAAGGAAAAGAAUAUUUGAAGAAGAAAUACGGGGUAGCAUCAUACCCUGAAAACGAUUUGAAAGAUUUAUUACCUGGAGAAAUCCCAAACAUUGAUUUUUCGAAAAAUAAACCUCCUAGUAAUCAAGUCCAAUUUACAACUUUCCAAUCAUACAUAGAAUCGUUCUAUAGACUUUUUUCCAAUGAAGAUUUGAAAUUCUUAAAUGAAAAGAACAUAAUACCUCCAGGAUUCGAGAAAAUGAAUUAUGAUCCUGAUGUCAGUCCAUACAUCAUCCCCAAAUUAGGACAAUUCUAUGCAGAUGCUUGGACUGAAGAAGAUGCAAGUUUGGCGAGUAAAUUAAACUCUCCUGCAUUUCAACAAAUUUCACCUGAUACUUAUAAACCAAAAGGUACGAUUAAUGAUUUGGAAGAAGACAAAUUGGCCACAGAAGAUAUAUCAUGUGGUCCGCUUUCCAGUAGAUUAUUGUCAGCUGUAUUGAGUAUCCAUGAAGGAGUAGAAGAAUCUGAAGAAAAUGGGGAAAUAAAAACCGAGAGGAAUAUUGAAGACAAUUUAGGCAUCGACAUGGAUGAAAACAUUGCAACUAACAUCAAAGUAGAUCCUGAUUUUGAUGGUGCUGCAGAUUCAAACGAUUUCCAUUCAAUUGAAGAAAGAUUAAAAAGAGAGUUGAAAUAUAUUGGAAUCUUUAUGAAUUUACCCAAUGAUGAAGAUGAAAGUAAGAGCAAGUUGAGUCUUAAUGGUAGACCAAUUAAAUCUGAAACUCGUUCUGGAAGCAUCAUAGAUACCGACGAUUGGGUCAAGAACAAGGAGGACGACGAAGUGUCGGCAGAGAUUAGAAUGUUACAAAAGCAGCUCAAAUCUGCUGUAGCUAGGAAUAGACUGAACAAGAAAAAAUUAAUUCCUGUGGUCGAGGAACAAAUUGCCUAUCAAGAAUACUGCACCAUAUUGGAAGAUUUAGAUAAACAAGUAGAUCAAGCUUAUAUGAAGAGGUUGAAAUCUAAAGGCAAGAAAAAGAAAGCUAACGAAAAGGUGGAAUUGACACCAGCUCAACAACAAGCAAUGAAUGCAAGCGUUCGUUCCACAUUAGAUAAACGGAAGAGAUGGAUGGAAAAUAUCGGUCAACUUUUCGCUUCAGCUGAAAUCAUGAAAAGGGUUCCAUCAGAAUCAUUAUUGGAUGGUGAUUUGGAAGAAGAAGUUGAUGAAGAGGCUAAUGAUGUAGCACAAGAUGUUAUUCAAGAUAAUUCUUAG